AUGAUUCAACCGUUUAAAUACUUCUCCCGUCGAAAGGCACAGCCGACCUACUUUGUUAUUAGGUUGGAUCAGAACACCAUUUGGAUCCCUACAGCAGGGCAUACGAUUAAGUACGGCCAUGCUUCAGGCAAAGUUAUUCUAUGCCUCAGUGAACCUACGCGAGUGUGGGAUAUCAAGUUGCAUCUUGAGGGCCGCUACUAUAUUAACUGGGACGCAACGUUCCCCAGUGACUCACAUCGACAUUGCAAAGCUUUUUGGAAGGAGUUACCCUUCCAUCACGAUGUUUGGAGCUUUCUGCGGGUGUCGGCAGGAAGAUCCACAACAAUCUUGGGGCCGGGUAAUUAUGAAUUUCCUUUUGAAAUGUGCCUUCCAGGACGGUUACCGGAAUCUAUGACGGGUGUGGAUGACUAUUAUAUUCGGUAUUCUUUGAGAGCACAGAUCUAUGGCCGGAAAGGCGAGAGUGUCGUCACAUCGAGAGAGAUCAGCGUUCGAAAGGUAUACGAUACGCCUUUGCGUACUGUUCCCAGUAGCAUCGAGAACGAUUGGCCGAACAAGAUAAUGUACCAAGUCGGCAUCCCAACCCCGGUUGUCCAAUUCGGCGGCAACAUACGAGUCACAUAUCGCUUCGUUCCUUUACUUAAGAGGCUGCACUUGAAAACCAUUAGAUCGGCUAUCAUUGAAACGCACACGGUAUCGAGACCAGCUCCUGCUUCUCGAUCUCGGGAGGUUUUGGUCGAUGCAUUUGACCCUCCCACUUGGGAAGACAUGGGUUUAACUACCGACGACAGAUGCUGGUAUCAAUGCUCCCGGCUGCUUCAUUUACCAAAGUCUACCCAGCAGUGUCUACAAAGCACCGCAGCCACGGUCCUGCAGGUUAGACAUUCGAUACAUAUUUCAAUCACUCUGUUGAACCCUGAUGGUCAUCUAUCCACGGUCCGUCUUUCCCUCCCAGUAUAUAUACUUUUCUGUCCGCCGGCCAGCGCUAGCCGCCAGGCGCUGUUAGACAUUUCGACUUGGGACGAGGGAGAAGAAGUUCCGCCCCAGUAUAGUAACCAUGUCCAUGAUGCGAAACUGGUUGAAACAUGCCCAGAUAAUCCUUCAACACAUGACGGGCACGAAUCCAACGCAAAGCCCCCAGAAUACGCGGUAUUAGAUGACGCAUCCGGAAUUCCCAGUUAUUGGGAUACUGUUUAA